AUGGCUGCCACAGCAGUGUCUGACCAAACUACCGACCUGAGCGAGCAAUAUGACACUCCUCUCGGCCUCGCUCACUCGACUAUGCAAGCCCUCAAGGACAGAAUCAAGCUCCAUUACGAUCUUGCAAGUGACUACUAUUUGAGUUUGUGGGGCGAACAUAUCCAUCACGGGUACUGGCCAACACCAGAGUCUGAAGCCACGCAGACAAAGGAGGAAGCACAAGCCAAUCUCAUCCAGCUCCUUCUCGACAUUUCAAAGAUUCCAUCCAACAGCUCGGUUCUUGAUGUUGGCUGUGGUAUCGGCGGAACAUCGCGGUAUCUCGCUUCCAAACAUGGUAGCUCUGUGACGGGCAUCACCAUCUCAAGCAAACAGGUCAAGAUCGCAAAUCGCCUAACCAAAGCUGCUAUCGAAGACACCUCUUCGUCUGAUGUGUCAGAUGACAAUGGCUUCGCCAAACUCGGCGAGGGAAAAGUCAAAUUCCUCGAGCUUGACGCCGAGAAGAUGGGCGACUUCUUCAGCGACCAGCAGGGCACCUUCGAUGCAGUAUGGAUAAGUGAAGCUCUUAGCCAUUUUCCAAACAAGACAUUGUUCUUUGAGAAUGUGAUGAAAGUACUCAAGCCUGGGGGCAAGUUGGUGUUAGCAGAUUGGUUCAAGGAUGAAUAUACUGACGAAACAACUUUCAUCAAUGAUAUCAAGCCUAUCGAAGAUGGCAUGCUACUCCCACCCCUCUGUACCCAGCAAGGGUACGUGGAUCUCGCGAAGAACGCCGGGCUUACAGUCUUGUCUGAGCCAAAGGACAUCAGUCAACAAGUCCGAAAAACAUGGUGCGAAUAUCAUGUAUCUGACUGUUGA